GGAUGAGAAAUCUAUAAAAGCUGAGUGUUCCCAAAGAUUCGUCCUAUUUGGCAGCUGCUGCCUCACCCACGGCUUCUGAUCUCUAAGAGGACGCUCUGCUCACACAUUACCUGUCACCAUGGCCUACAAAUUCCCAGCCCUCACUGCAGACCAGAAGAAGGAGCUCUCAGAAAUCGCCCAGCGCAUCGUUGCCAAUGGGAAGGGGAUCCUGGCUGCCGAUGAGUCUGUAGGCACCAUGGGAAACCGCCUGCAGAGGAUCAACGUGGAGAACACAGAAGAGAACCGACGGCAGUUCCGUGAAAUCCUCUUCACCGUGGACAACUCUGUUAGCCAGAGCAUCGGGGGCGUGAUCCUGUUCCAUGAGACCCUCUACCAGAAGGACAGCCAGGGCAAGCUGUUCAGAAACAUCCUUAAGGAAAAGGGCAUCGUGGUGGGGAUCAAGUUGGACCAAGGAACUGCUCCACUUGCAGGAACAAACAAGGAAACCACCAUUCAAGGGCUCGAUGGCCUUUCUCAGCGCUGUGCUCAGUAUAAGAAAGACGGUGUUGACUUUGGGAAGUGGCGUGCUGUGCUGAGGAUUGACAACCAGUGUCCAUCCGCCCUUGCUAUCCAGGAAAAUGCCAACGCCCUGGCUCGCUACGCCAGCAUCUGCCAGCAGAACGGGCUGGUACCUAUUGUGGAACCAGAGGUCAUUCCUGAUGGAGACCAUGACAUGGAACACUGCCAAUAUGUUACUGAGAAGGUCCUGGCUGCUGUCUACAAGGCCCUGAAUGACCAUCAUGUGUACCUGGAGGGCACCCUGCUGAAGCCCAACAUGGUGACCGCUGGACAUGCCUGCACCAAGAAGUAUACUCCAGAGCAAGUGGCCAUGGCCACUGUCACCGCUCUCCACCGUACCGUUCCUGCUGCUGUACCUGGCAUCUGCUUUUUGUCUGGUGGCAUGAGUGAAGAGGAUGCUACCCUCAACCUCAAUGCUAUCAACCUUUGCCCUCUUCCCAAGCCCUGGAAACUAAGUUUCUCUUACGGACGGGCCCUGCAGGCCAGUGCACUGGCUGCUUGGGGUGGCAAGGCUGCCAACAAGAAGGCGACACAGGAGGCUUUUAUGAAGCGGGCUGUGGCUAACUGCCAGGCAGCCAAAGGCAAGUAUACUUCCAUGGGCUCUUCUGGUGCUGCGUCCACCCAGUCGCUCUUCACAGCCAACUAUACCUACUAGAAACAGAAAGGUCGGCUGGCUCCAGCUCUUUGAGGUGUCUUGGGAAGAGGGCUGAAAGGGAAAAACCACCUUGUGAUUGACCCUGGAAUUCAGACCAAAUUAGAUUGAAGUACUGGAAACACAAUACAUGUUAAAUUCUUAGACACAAGGGAAAAAAAAUCAGUUAUUGAAACUUAAGUCCAAAUAUCAAGGAUUUGAUGAAAUUUCACACUGCGGUUUCCUUGCCACACUUCCUGCUGCCCAUGACCCAGAGUCUCCACCUAAGAAAAGAAUAGACUUUAAAACGAAAUCUGCUCUCCAUCCAAAUAACAACGACUGAGUGAAACGUCUCAGAAGCUGAGGGCAGAGAAGUGCAUCUUAUGAAAUGAUCUUAGGCGUGGUAGGUUAUGAAAGAGACAGCUGUGACAAAAAGGAAAUAAAAUAAGCUAUAAACCUUCA